AACCGUAGCAUUCAACAUCUAACCAGACAAGAACGGGGAAAAUUGCAAUUCCGGGUCGGGUGCAUCAUAUUCGGACUUGAUCGGAUGUGAUCUACUUCUCUUCCAAAUCUAUUCACCGACGGUGAAGACAGGGGAUUCACAGAGAAGGCGAGAGAGUGUCACAUUACAGUCAGGAGCACUGGAGACGGUACAUGAGACCGGCCAGCCUCUGAAGCCGCCGGGGAACGGUCAGAUCCGCUUUCGGUCGCCAUCGGCCGCUGAACUCUUGGACGUGCAGCAUUCCUCCCCGCCUCCUCCGCCGCUUCCCGCCGAUCCAAUGGAGAAGUCACUUAAGCGCAACCGCGCCCAACACGACCUCAUACCCGAUGUGAUCCAACGGUACCGCGGAGUUCUCCUUCUCAUCUCUGUCCCUCUACUGCUCAUUACUUUCGUCCUCUUCGUCAUGCCCUCCCGAUCCCCUGCUAAUUCCCUCGGGUCCCGAAAUCGAAAGUUCUCUCCCGACUUUGGAUCUAAGAAGUAUGCCGUUAUCUUCGACGCCGGAAGCUCAGGCAGCAGGGUCCACGUCUUCUGUUUCGAUAAGAAUCUGGAUCUGGUUCCUAUCGGCAAUGAUCUCGAGCUUUUUGAACAGUUAAAACCAGGUUUGAGUGCUUACCCCAAGGACCCUAACGCUGCUGCAAACUCACUGUCAUCACUUCUCGAGAAGGCCAAGUCUGUAGUUCCUCUUGAAGCUCAACCCUACACCCCUGUUAGAGUUGGGGCAACUGCUGGUUUGAGGCAGCUGGAAGGCAAUGCACCUGAAAGGAUUCUACAAGCGGUGAGGAAUUUUCUAAAGAAAAAAAGCAGCUUCAGCACAAAAUCCGACUCAGUCACUGUUUUGGAUGGAAAUCAGGAAGGUGCUUAUCAGUGGGUGACCAUUAAUUAUUUAUUAGGAAAGUUGGGUAAGAAGUUUUCCAACACCAUUGGAGUAGUUGAUCUGGGAGGCGGAUCUGUGCAAAUGGCCUAUGCUAUCUCAGAGUCAGAUGCUCAAAAGGCCCCAAAGGAAUCAAAAGGAGAGGAUACAUAUGUGCGGGAAAUGUACCUCAAAGGAAAAAAGUAUUACCUUUAUGUCCACAGUUAUUUGCACUAUGGUUUGCUUGCUGCUCGAGCUGAAAUUUUGAAAGUCACUGGGAAAUCUGGCAACCCUUGCAUCUUGGAAGGAUACCAUGUCUCAUAUAAAUAUGGAGGAGCAGUUUAUCCAGCAUCACCAUUGCCUGAUGGUUCAAACAUGAAGAGUUGUAGGGAGGCAGUCAUUAAGGCUCUCAAAGUGAAUGGAUCAGCCUGCACACACAUGAAAUGCACUUUUGGAGGGGUGUGGAGUGGCGGUGGGGGUGACGGCCAGAAGAAUCUAUACGUAGCUUCGUUCUUCUUUGACAGAGCUGCUGAGGUAGGAAUCAUUGUUGACCCAAGUGUACCUGUCGCAAAAGUUCGCCCAGUUGAUUUCGAAAGUGCAGCUUCAACCGCAUGUGCAACUGGACUUGAAGAUGCCAAAGCCAAAUUUCCUCGCUUCAGUGAAGAAAACUUGCCGUACUUGUGCAUGGAUCUGGCUUAUCAGUUCAGUUUGCUGGUUGAUGGAUUUGGUCUAGAUCCUUAUCAAUCCAUCACAUUGGUAAAGAAAGUGAACUACAAAAGUCACCUUGUGGAAGCCGCUUGGCCCCUGGGCAGUGCCAUUGAAGCAGUUUCUUAACUGACAAAAGAAGCACUUGUAGCAGUUCCAGCUGAUAGGAUGAAUAUGUUUCCGCUUCCCAUUAUCAGCUUGCUGAUGAUUGUGAAGAGAAUUAAAAGUGCAGUGGAAUCGGAGUAGUAUUCACUAGUAAUAAUGAGAAAUGUUUUCUUUGGUUGCGGUUCUUCUUAUUUGGUUUAGGUGCAUUCGUUCUUGUAAAGGCCUAUAUAAAGGGAAUCUACCAUUCUUCUACAUAAGCUGAUAAGCUAUACGAUGGUAUUUGUUUUAUUAAAAUACGAUGUUUAUCUUCAUUUUUUUCAAA